AUGCCAAAAAUUGAAGAUUUAUUAAGAAAAUCAAAAUAUUAUUUAAUUAAUGUUCAUCAAUUAGGGCAAUAUUUCGUUAAAGAUAAUGAGGAAGAUGAUCAAGUUUAUUCAGAAAAAAUUGUGUAUAUUGGAGGGAUUGGCGUUGAAAUUGAAGGGAAAAUUAAACAAAAAACUAAUUUUAAAAAAAUUAAAGGAAAAUCUGUUUAUUUAAAAAAUAAAAUUAAAAAUUCGUUAAAUGGCAAAAAUAAACAAAUUGACACAUUAAAUGAUGAAGUCGAUGAUAAGGAAAUAAACAAAUUUAUUGAUACUUGGAUUAAAGAGGUAUUCAUUUACAGCAGAGCUUUUGCCCCAGUUCUAAAAUGGAGUUCACCUUUCAUAAUGUAUUAG